GGGGACGACCUUGGGGUGGCCCUGCCCAGGGUGACCCCCACCUCUGCUGCAGACGGGUGCUGCUGGUGCCGGGGGUCACCAGCCUGGGGAAGGGGGUGGGCGCCGGGUCCCCCUGCAGGGAUGCUCAGAGACUCUGCAAAACCCAGUCCCCCCCCCCGCCUCCCCGAGGUGACAGUUUGAUGUGUCCCCCUGCAGGGGUGGCCAGUCACUGCUGGGGGAUGCUCUGCUUUAAGGCGCUUUUAGGAGCGAGAUGCUUUUGAUGCUUUUGGUUGCUGCUUUUUUUUUUUUUUUUUUUUUUUUUUUGUUUCCCAGGUAUUUGAAAGAAAAAGGCCACAUUGGAGGAAAUGUUUUGGCGAAACCAUUUCAGAAAGCCCAUCGCUGGAGCUGUGGGGGGGGAUGAGAGCGGGGGUCCCCACGGGGCAUGGCCACGGCGGCGCCCCCGGGGCGACUGCAGCGCCGCGGCUCCUGCGCACGCAUGGACCCAGCUUCAUGCCACAGGCCUGGUGUGCAAACCCCGGCUCACCGCGACGGUGCCACCACACUGACCCCAGGCUGUGCUUGAAGAAGGGAAUCCAUCGCGCUGAGAGGUCCCGGCCCCAUCCGAGACCCUGCCAGCGUGGGCACAACUCCUCGGAAGCGGCCAGCCCCCAGCAGAAAGCAGCCAAGAUGGCAAAGAAAACAGCGUGGAGGCAGCACAGCAGCGCCGGGAGGGGGGGUCACGCUGCAGCCACCAUCCAUGGCCAGCACACAGCCUGCGCGGGGCACGUCUCUCACCAGCAGAGUUUGCGGAAGACAAGAGGAUCAAAGCGUUCCUCAGAUCUCUCCUCCUCAAAUGAACCUGUUCUAACCUCGGCCCUGAGCCUUUCAGGGCAGCGCUGGGGGGAACAGCUGGGACAAGAGGGGGCAACACUUUGUCAAGGCCAAGCACACAGGACCAGGGUGACCAGCCCGCGGGACUCAGGGCAGCACCAGCAGUGUUUCAGUCCACAGACAUCUAGAUCUUCAACCAACCUUUCCCCUAAAAUCCCAAACCACCAUUACCAACACGGGGCCUGUGUGCCCGGCGGGGCACAGCCAAUCUUUGAGGGGUCUCCAAGGGGAAGCCUGUUCCUCCAUGCCAUGCAGCAGCUCCGGGCGAAUCUCCACCUCUCCGAUCCACUCCGGUUACUCAGGCUGCAGGGAAAACCCUCCCCUGCUGCCCAAAACCCUCCUUCGACGUCAGCAUCAUGGUAUGGGGCUGCCCAGAGCCCAGGAGAGAAGAAAGAAGAAACUUCUCUGCCGCUUGAGAAACAAGACUGGGACCAGAAGCUGUGCCCGGGAUCGUAG